CAUGUUGCAAAUCUUUGAAACCAUUGCACAUUCGUCGACGACAAUUUUAGGUUCUACGGCGAGGAAGGUCCAUCAAUGGCGAACAGAGCAACGGCCUCUUCGUCCUCUUCCCAGCAGAUUCAACAGGAUCUCGAUGUAGGAGGACGAGGAGGAGGUGCGGACGAAGAAGAAGAUUGGGUAUUCGGAGCAGGGUCGGGUUGGAUUGAGGCUCGGACAUGGUGCGACCACUUGCAGUCUCUGUCUCCCGAUCUGUCUAACAUACCUGCUCCCGAUUCUCCUUGCGCCAGGUGUCAAAACCCCGUGGAGAAUUGGUUAUGCCUUUGCUGUGAAGAAGUUCUCUGCAGCCGUUUCGUGAACAGGCAUAUGCUUUCGCAUUACCAUCAGACUGGCCACUGCCUCGCACUUAGCUAUAGCGACUUGUCGGUCUGGUGUUUCUGCUGCGACGCAUAUCUGGACGGGCAAGCGAUUCUGCAGCUUCGACCCAUCUACACGUCUGCUUACAUUCUGAAAUUUGGCGAGGCUCCUCCUUUACCCGAACAGGCUGCCUCUUCUGCAUCAUCGGCUUAAAGUUAAACCAUCUCGAUAAUCGCCCGGUAAGCUAACCAUUCCGAAGUCUCUUCCGAAUCUUUUUCAUCCCGAGAAGGAGAAUUUAGGGGGGACAUUACGCUUGGUAGAAGGCUAGUCUAUGUGACCUAGAGAUUUUUGGUACAUGCAACAAUUCAAGAAAUGUGGUUUACCGGGUUUGGUUAUCUCGAUACCGACAUGAAAUUGGAAGCCGGUUUGUGCAAAUUACAAUGUCAAGGAACAAAAAGAUGGCUUUUGCCUUUCUUGAAAGCCAAUGAGAUCAAUUUCACUUCGCAUCAAUCUAU